CGCUUUUCUCUCAUGCUGCGCGUAUGUGCCUCGUACAACUCCGAGCCGCGGGGCGGGCUGACGGCUGCGGCUGCUGCUGCUCCUGCCGCCGCUGCGGCGGCGCUCUCCCCUUCGCCCCGCUCUUCUGCUGACGAGCACAUCCAACAUUCAUUGAAAUCUCCAGCAUGAGGUCAAACAUGUUGACAAAUGAGUGAUUUAUUUCCAAUGAAAGCAAGCAGCUAUUCUGAACCUUCACAAACUUUUGGGAUCACGAUUAAAUAACACACGCACUGGGUGAUUUUUCAUCAUGAAUCGUGCUUUUAGCAGAAAGAAAGACAAAACGUGGAUGCACACUCCUGAGGCUUUAUCAAAACACUACAUUCCCUACAACGUAAAGUUUCUUGGCAGUACAGAAGUGGAGCAACCCAAAGGCACGGAAGUCGUGAGAGAUGCUGUUAGAAAGCUUAAGUUUGCAAGACAUAUCAAGAAAUCUGAAGGUCAAAAAACACCAAAGGUUGAGUUACAAAUCUCAAUAUAUGGAGUAAAAAUUCUGGAACCAAAAUCAAAGGCAGAAGAGAUAACUUUAACUAUUGGUCAAGCAUUUGACCUGGCUUACAGGAAAUUUCUGGAAUCUGGAGGAAAGGAUGUUGAAACACGAAAACAGAUAGCAGGGUUACAGAAAAGAAUUCAUGAACUUGAAACAGAAAAUAUGGAGCUAAAAAACAAGGUACAAGAUUUGGAGAACCAAUUAAGAAUAACCCAAGUACACACGUCACCACUGCUGCACAUUCAGUCUGAUUAUGAAUGCCACAUGUUUCAAAGACCCUCCACCUUUUUCUGGGGUAGCAGUGAGGAUUCUGCUCCUUGUUUAGAUAUUUCUUCCAUUACACUCACUCCUAUGAGCUCUCCUGACUCCAGACAAUCAUCUGGACUAUUAACACCACCACCUUCCAAAAGUGGUCCUCCAAAGCCAGUCCAUGAAUACAUCAUCCCAAGACCUCGUGCAGGCAGUGUGACACCUAAAUCACCCUCCACUGACAUCUUUGAUAUGGUUCCCUUUUCUCCCAUAUCCCCUCAGUCAUCAACACCUACUCGCAAUGGCACACAGCCUCCACCAGUGCCCAGUAGAUCUGCAGAGAUCAAGAGAGACCUUUUCGGAGCAGAACCUUUUGACCCAUUUAGCUGCGGAGCAGGAGAUUUCCCUCCAGACAUUCAGUCCAAACUAGACGAGAUGCAGCGUCAGCGAUGGAGGGGUUCAAAAUGGGACUGACGCUGGAAGGCACAGUAUUUUGUCUUGAUCCUCUAGACAGCAGGUGCUGAUGCCAAGAGUAGACAUUUGAAAAGAGAUGAGCAUUUUUUUAAAAAAAAAGUUUUAAAAUGUAUUACAAAUACUAUUCAUGUGCCAAAAAUGUUUUUCAACAUGUUAACUUUUGUGAUGUUGGCUUCUAUAAAACUCCAGAUAGGUCCCAGUAUUAUCCCUAUACAAAUGUAAGGGGGGGAAAAGUCACAUGUAUAUGAAACUGAAAUGAAAUCACGCUGCUGUUUUUCUUUGCCUUCCACAUGUGGGAAGUCAUCACCUAAUAGCAAUUCACCGUGUGCUGUGAAUUCAUGAGUUUGAACCACUCGUGCGUUCCACUGUGUGUUGGCAGGCAGUAUCCUUCAAGGCUAUGAUGGCAAAUGGCAACACUUUCGAAAAUAAAAUCCCUUCCAUUUGAUUCUUCUUUCCUAAUCUGUAGAUGAAUGUUUAUACGAUAUUGUCAGUAAUCACUGAGACACUUAAAAAUCACAGUGUACACUGCACAUAGGCUGCAUUUGCCACAUGUUUGCUUCUUGUCCCUGGUCAUGAUUAAAGCUAGGCCUAGAGUGCUCUUAUAUAGCUUGUCACAUGGCUGGCACCCCGUUCAGGACUGAGUUUUGUGCAUGGACAGUGUUGCUUGCAUAAGAGUUAAUGGUGGGACAUUCCGCAGAAUUACUGGGUUAGGAUAACCCUGUGCAGUUACUACCCUGUAUGGAUAAUAUUUAGAACAAUAUUAUAAACCCAAAAUUUAAAUCUGUAACUGUACCCAGUAUCUGUCUAUUCCCUGUUAUUUUGCCAAACAGAAGCAAAACAAAAAACCAGGACUUUUAAAGGCAUGUAAUUAAAAAUACUACAAGGAAGUUUUUGUGCACAUUCCAAAGGGCAUUUGUGAUUUGUUAAUAGGAACGACACUUUUCGGGGGCAUUCAGGUGGAUUUUCAGCCCUACGUGUACAUACACGCCUGCCCCUCGCCCAAAACCACAUUUAGGAUUGGGGCCCACUGCACUGCUCCUCAGCCACAGUUACUUGGAAAUUCUGUUGGUUUCCAUGACUUCAAAGAGUACAUGCUUUGAGCACUGCUUGCAGCACAUGUCAAAGUGCUCUGUGCAAUGGAAAAACUUCACUUGGGUUGCUUGGAAUUACGCACCGAAGGAAACCCUGAGUGUUUUGAAGUCAAACUUUCUACCGCUCACAAGAUUUUAUUCUCAGGAUGGUCAUGGCCUGUGCGAUAGAACAUCAGAGGGAAUAUCACGCAGUUCUGUGAGGGAAUAUCACACAGUUCUGUGGAGCGCAGCCACCCUGACUGCACAAGCAACUUCAGUGGGAGAACACCUGUCUGGCUGCUUGAAAUACAGGUCAAUGAAUGGCUCCAUAAGCUCAUGCUAGAAGAAAAUGUGAAAAUUACAGGUCAAUUAUUUGAGAGGAAAAGGUGAGGGUCAAAUUAGCAACCCCUUAUGGGAGGGGACAGAUUAUCCUGUUACCAUUUGUGCAGGAAGUUGUUUGCUGAGCGCCAGGGUACUGCUGCCAUAUAUACGAAUACUUCAUCCAACUAGCAAUAAAUGGUCCUUUUAGUUGCACAUUUCUUGUGUUGAGCAGUUAAAUUUCUCUUUCAUACUUCCAUUUUUAACAUAAUUUAGCUCAAUAUGUAUAAAAAGACCUUUCUGGGAAAGUUUUCUCCCCUAUAAGGAUCCUUUCACUGAAAAAAACUAAAGAUGUUUGGGAUAGGGGUGGGGAGGGUCAUGGGAGAAAUAGCAGGAUAAAUGUAAAAGAUUAUUUUGCUGGUUUUAUCUUUUAGAGGGGAAAAAGAAAUAGUUUUCUGGUACUUGGUUUGCAAAAUGUAGUUUUUGACCUUAUAUUGCAAGUUUUACACAGAAAAUAGGAUGCAUUUAUGCAGUAUUAUUACCUUUUUAAGCUUAGAUCCAGCCUCGGAAGAUGCUUAAGCAGAUGCCUGGAUAGUCCGGGAUUCUUCACUGCUUAAGUUAGGCACCUGCUUAGGGAUACAGCUCCACGGAGUCUUUACUGUUUGACAUAGAGUCAAGUCUUCCUUCUUUCUCAUUUGGUCAGGAUGCAUGUAUAUCUAUAUCUCUGGCCGGAAUCCAAAGAAAAUGGUGUGCAUGCAUUAGGGGCUUCUGCCCAUGUAUGAAGAAGCAUGUGAUUUCCCCCUCCUUGGUUGCAGGCAUCCAUGUCACAUUUAUUCCCAUUUCAGAGGGUCCUCUGGGUUUCAGGAGCAGCUUAAGUUAACCAGGAGAUAACAGAUUGCAGCUAAAGUGGGGGUGGGGGGAGGCGGAAAACUUCCAUUGUAUAUGCAAACCACCGCAUGUGGCCCUUUGGAUCCUGUCAAUAUAGAUAUAUAUGAGAUCACUAAUAAGUAGGAAAAGACUACAUUUCAUAGAAGAAGUCUAUAAUUUUGUUUGUCAUAUAGUAUUUUGCGAUUUGUACUACGAGGAUGUUUAGCAGCCAUGUUAAUGGCUUUUUUAAACAAAUAGAAUUUGUAUUUUUAUUAUACUUUAAAAAGCUUUACGUAACAAGCAUAUAUUUAGGGGCCAUUGACUACAGAUGGUAACAAAACACUCAGAAAAUAUUUGCACAUUUUAAGGAAUCUUUGUUUUACUGAUUUUUAUGGUAAUUGAUUCUGCAAAUUGCUAAAUGUGAUCUAACUGAUCAAGUCCAUAGGAGAACACCUAAAUUAAUACAGUAAGAAAGUACAUUUUCAAUGAAAUGGUUUAGUGCUCUGGUUGAAAUUUGUAUUUCUAUGUAAUCUCAACUGUCUGUUUUAUU